UGGCAACACAAGAAUCUGCAGAAAUUUCGUACCAUUUGGGCCUACAAAGUACAGUAACAAUCAUCUUCAAAGGAAUCAGUAGCAUUGCGUCGGCAUGGCCCAGGCAUAUCAUCGACAAAUUUCAGCCGAGACAUUUCCUUCCGUUACUCUUAACAACCUCCCGAACGAACUCCUGCUGCUCAUUUUCCAAGGGCUCGAUCCUUUUAGCCUUAUUGGUGUUUCUUGCUUGUGUAGACGGAUCAACGCCGUAGCCCUAACAUAUCUCCUCUUCCCCAAAACGGACUACAGCGAUGCCCUUGCCAAACUUCGCGCCAACACUCUCAGUUUUGGCCUCUCCAAUGGUCUGUCGUUCAACAGCAUUGCCGGUGUCCGGCUCUCGUUCUCCAUGAAGCACCCCAUAGAGUUUUUCUCUUGCCACUUCUCUACCAAGGGUUGCAUUAGAGAAAUGGAGCAGGUCGCAAGGCUCUUCGAAACGGGGAAGAUGAUGGAGUGUGUCGAUUUCCGGUUCCCCCGAGGGUCAUUUUUCUUCCCAGACCUAAAGACAUCUACGACUGGAUGUGAAUUAAAUAACGCGGCAGUCGACCUCCUUUUCCGGAAUCUACAUCGUACCAAGUGUCGUUCGUUUGGUACGUAUGAUGUCCUACCGGUCGAAUACGACGAUGGAGCCAGGUUUAGCGGUCCAGUCCUCCGCACACUUAAAUACAUUACCAUCUCCCGUACUCCAUUCCUGCUCACCGACUUUUUCCGCGAGUGGACUAUCAGUACGAUGAAUACGUCUCCUCUCAGAGACGUCACACUGGAAGACGUCGACAUCCAAUCGUUGCUGCCCGUACUUUCCUUGCCCUCCCUCCAGAAACUCGACAUACGGUGCCUCGAUCUCCCAUUGAGUGACAUCACCCGCUUCCUCGCACGGCACCCCACGAUAGAAAGCCUGAUGCUCCGAAUUUCGUUUGACGCCGAAGCAUCUCUCGCUCCCAAUUCGCUCCCCCAGCUAAAAGACUUUAGUUCAACGGCCGAGUGUCUGUCCCAGCUGCUCUCUUCCCCCGGAUCCAUGCCUCGUCUUCAAAGCGUGACCUGCUACAUCUCAACGUCCUUCCUGCCUCCAUUACCCUUACCUACAGAUGCCAUACAGACGCUCUUCCGAAGAAUAGCCCUCCAUAGCACCAUCACCAUCCUCGACGUGCCCUUAUCGGAUUUGAAUGUGUCGGAAGAAUGGAUGAGCGUGAACCCGAGAUUUGAGCACCUCCUUACGACGGUCAACAGCCUGUAUGUCACUCUGUCGAUGAGUGCGAAGGACGACAGUGGGGUGAGGCAUCGGAUUAUAAAGUCGAUUGCGCUGUUUCCAAAGUUGGAGACUCUGACGUUGUUUGGAUGGGCCCAGUGUGAGGAGUUUGCCAGUAGUAUAAAGGAAGCCUACCCCCGUCUCCGGAGGAUCUUUUCAGGUCUUACAGAUAUUUCACGAUCCCUCGCUUAGGGAUGCAUGGGUUCAGAUGUAAAUUUCAGAACAGAGUGGAAGAUGCUGAAAAUUCCAUGAGCUAUCUAUUAGCACGUGUCACUGAAAGACUUAAGAAGAGUACAACAAAAACGCCAGUGGAAAAUAUUCUUGACUCAUUGCGACUCGUCGCCACAAGCGCGUUAUGUACGAUGGAUGCCUUGGUGAACCACACAGCGAUGAACCUGGACAAAGUAGUUGUUAUUCGUUGCCCAUAAUCAUUUAAUCGGAC